AUAUAGAAAGAUGCCCGAAAAAUAAAAAUAGCCAACUUUUUUAUAUAUACACAGACAUAUAAGUGUGUGACUGUGUGUGUAUGGAUAUUGAGAGAGGAGCUGAAAGAUGAUUAAAAGAAGUGUUACUGCCUCUAGCAAGUGUAGAUAUGGUGGUGCGCUCUCUCUUCAGAAGGGCAUCCGUAAGUCUGCAACUUCUUAAGCACAGUAUUAAUUUCUUCAUUGAUUAUCCGUUUGGUAGUGACAAUUUAAGGGCUAAGUUUCAUUCCCUAACUGUUAAAGAUCAAAAACCUCACUGUCCGAGUACUCAAACCCAGUCUGUCAGAAAUCAAUGAAGGUUUGAGUUCACUAACCUUAAUGAUGCACUGGCAGUGUUUGAUGAAAUGUCUCAAAUGCGACCUCUUCCUUCAAUUGUGCAUUUUAAUCAAUUGUUAGGAGCCAUUGUGAGAAUGAAACAUUACACCACUGCAAUUUCUUUACUUAAUCAAAUGGAAUCCGAUGGAAUUGUAGAGCCAGACGAUUAUACUAUGGCCAUCUUAAUGAAUUGUUACUGCCAUUUGAAUCGGGUCGAUUUGGGUUUUUCUAUUCUGGGGAGAAUCUUGAAGCUUGGUUAUAAUGGACUGCACAAAACUCACCACUUUGAUGAGGGGACUCUGUAAUGAGGAUAAAAUAGGUCAGGCAGUUGAGUUGUUAAUGCCAUGGGGGCGAAAGGGAAACCAAUGUCAUUGUUUAUAGCAUGACCAUUGACAGUCUUUGUAAGGACAGAUUGGUAGCUGAGGCUUUCGAACUCUUUUCAGAAAUGAUCCGUAAAGGCUUUUUGCCAAAUGCUUAUACUCACAACUCCUUAAUCCUUGGCCUAUGCAAUUCAAACCAAUGGAAAGAGGCUACAAGGUUAUUGAAUGAAAUGGUGAACCGAAAAAUCGAACGGAAUGUAAGAACCUUCACUAUAGUGGUGGAUGCACUUUGUAAGGAAGGGAAGGUUGCAGAAGCUAGAGAAAUAGUUGAAUUGAUGAUUCAAAGAGGUGAGGAGCCUAAUACAGUCACGUACAGUGCACUGAUGGAUGGAUAUUGUCUGCAAAGCAAAUUUCACAAUGCAAAGAAGGUACUUGAUUUGAUGGUUGGUAGGGGUUGUGCCCCUAAUAUUCAUAGCUAUAACAUCUUGAUUAAUGGGUAUUGUAAGAAAAGGAGAAUGACUGCGGCUUUAAGACUUUUUCAUGAAAUUUCUCUGAUGGGAUUGGUUCCUGAUACUGCUACUUACGCCACUCUUAUAAGUGGUUUUUGCCAUGCGGGAAAACCUCUAGCCGUGCAACAACUUCUGAACCAGAUGCAAGCCCAUGCCCAACAUUCUAAUCUUAUGACCUACUCUACUUUGUUAGAUGGAUUGUGUAAGAACGAAUGUCUUGCUGAGGCAAUGGCCUUGUUUUGAGAGAUGGAAGAAAGUGGACUACAUCCUAAUAUUGUGGUUUACAACAUCCUUAUUGAUGGUAUGUGCAAAGCUAGAAGCAUUAAAGGUGCAAGGGAAUUCUUUUAUGGUCUUUCUUCCAAAAGGUUGCAGCCUGAU